AUGCCGCCUCCACCGCAUAUCAAGCCUGAGAAUGUCCUGAAAAGGGCUCAGGAACUUAUCGCCGUGGGCCAGGCUCCGGCCGCCCUGACCGUCCUUCACGAACAUGUCACCUCCAAGCGGACUCGCAGCAGCCCGAUCGCUUCCCUCGAACCGGUUAUGCUCCUCUUCGUUGAGCUGUGCGUCGAUCUCCGCAAGGGCAAGGCCGCCAAGGAUGGUCUGUACCAGUACAAGAACAUCGCCCAGAACUCGAAUGUCGGCACUAUCGAGGUUGUUCUCAAGAAGUUCAUCGAACUCGCGGAAAAGAAGGUCACCGAGGCCCAGACCAAGGCCGAUGAGAUCCAGUCAUCCCUCGAGUCAGCCGCCCCCUCCUCCAACGUCGAAGAUCUCGAAGCCAUCGAGACCCCCGAGACCAUCCUCCUUGCUACCGUUUCUGGUGAGCAGUCCCGCGACCGAACCGACCGUGCCGUUGUUACGCCAUGGCUCAAGUUUCUGUGGGAGACAUACCGAACCGUUCUGGAGAUCCUGAAGAACAACGCUCGCCUGGAGAUCAUGUACCAAACCACUGCUCUGCAGGCCUUCCAGUUUUGCCUGAAGUACACCCGCAAGACCGAGUUCCGCAGACUCUGCGAACUUCUCCGCAACCACGUUCAAAACGCGGCCAAGUACUCCGCUCAGAUGCACGCCAUCAACCUCAGCGACCCCGAUACCCUGCAGCGUCACUUGGAUACCCGUUUCCAGCAGCUGAACGUUGCCGUGGAGUUGGAGCUCUGGCAGGAGGCCUUCCGCAGCAUUGAGGAUAUCCACACACUUCUCAGCCUCAGCAAGCGCCCCGCGAAGAACGUCAUGAUGGCCAACUACUACGAGAAGCUUGCCCGUAUCUUCCUUGUUAGCGAAAACUACCUUUUCCACGCCGCUGCCUGGAGCCGUUACUACAACCUCCUCCGCCAAUCCGCCGUUUCCCUUGCCACCAACCAGGGCUCCAAGAAGGACCACCCUUCAGUUACCGAGGCCGAUAUGACCAAGGCCGCUUCCUUUGUCCUUCUUUCUGCCCUUUCUAUUCCCGUUAUCAGCACUUCUCGCUCGCGAGGUGCGCUGAUCGACGUGGAUGAGGUCCGCAAAAACAAGAACACCCGUCUCACCAACCUGCUGGGCAUGUUGCAGGGUCCCACUCGUGCCGUUCUCUUCAGAGAUGCUAUGAGCAAGGGCCUGCUCAAGCGUGUCCGUCCCGAGAUCCGUGACCUCUACAACAUUCUUGAGGUCGACUUCCACCCUCUGUCUAUCUGCAAGAAGGUCACCCCCAUCCUGAAGAAGAUUGGCGAUGAUCCUGAGAUGGAGAAGUACGUUGUUCCUCUGCAGCAGGUCAUCCUCACUCGUCUCUUCCAGCAGCUGUCCCAGGUCUACGAGUCCGUCGAGCUCAAGUUCGUUUACGAGCUUGCCCAGUUCCCCGACCCCUUCCAGAUCACUCCUUCCAUGAUCGAGAAGUUCAUCAUGAACGGUUGCAAGAAGGGCGAUCUUGCCAUUCGUGUGGACCACAUCUCGGGCGUCCUCACCUUCGACACGGACGUUUUCUCCUCCGCCAAGGCUCUGCACUCCGGCAGUGCUGCCGGAUCUGCGGAGAGCGAGCUCGGCUCCGUUCAGCGUCUCCAGAACACCCCCGCGGAAAUCGCCCGUCUGCAGCUCACCCGUCUUGCCAAGACCCUCCACCUCACAUGCGUGUAUGUGGACCCGUCAUACACCGAGUCUCGUCUCCAGGCUAAGCAGGCCGCCCUCACGCGCGCCGCCGCCGGUGCUUCUAAGGAACACGAGGACACUCUCGAGCGCCGUGUCAUCAUUGACAAGAAGAAGGAGGCUGCUACCGAUGCUCUGCAGCGCAAGCAGAAGGAAGAGGAGACCCGCAAGCGUAUCCGCACACAGCAGCUCCAGGAGGCCGAGAAGCAGCGUCUUGCUGAAGAGCAGCGCGAGCGUGAGCUCAAGCGCAUCAAGGAUGAGCAGGAGCGCAUCCGCCAGCAGGAGCUCAAGAAGCAGAUUGAGGAGCUGAAGAGCGGCGUCAAGGGUAUUGAUUUCAACGAACUGGAUCUGGAGGAUCUCGAUGCCAACCGCCUCCGUGCCAUUAAGCUCGCGCAGUUGGAGAAGGAGAAGAACGAACUUGGUGACCGCGUUCGCGCCACUGGCAAGCGUAUUGAUCACUUGGAGCGUGCCUUCCGUCGUGAGGAACUGAAGCACGUCGCUGAAGACUACGAAGCCCAGAAGAAGGUUGAUAUGGAGCUUUACGAGCGCCAGAAGGCCGAGACUCUCGCUGAGGCCGAGGCCAAGCACAAGGAGGCUGUUGCUCUCAAGCACCGUCUCAGCCGCCUGGUGCCUCAGUUCAGCAACUUCCGCAAAGAUGUUUCCGAGAAGCGUCACGAAGAGUUUGAGAAGCGCCGCAAGGCUGCCGAGAGGGAGUUUGAGGCCAAGAAGAAGCAGCGUGUUAAGGAGGUCCAGGAACGCCGCCGCCGCGAGAAGGUUGAGCGUGAGAACGCUGAGCGCGCCCAGCGUGAGGAAGAAGAGCGCAUCCAGCGCGAGGAAGAGGAGCGUGCUGCCAAAGACGAGGAGCGCCGUCGCGCUCUGGCCGAGGAGAAGGCCAAGCGCGAGGAAGAGAGAGCGUUAGUUAUCCCCGAGCCACAUGCUUAUUCCGAAGUUGCUAACGUGUAUCAUAGUAAGAUGGAUGAGAUGGCUGCCAAGCAGAGGCAGCGUGAGGAGGAAGCAGAGGCCCGCAUUCGCGCCAAGCGAACGGGCGCCCCAGAGCCUCCCCGCGCAGAGCCCGAAGUCCGUACCGCACCCCGUCUCAACCUUGCUCCCCGCACUGGUGGUGCCCCCAGCUGGCGUGAGCGUGCAGCCGCCAAGGAAGCUGCCGGCGGCGCUGCCCCCGCCCCCGAGGCACCCAAGGCUGAGCCUGAAGCCCCACGACGAACCGGCUACGUUCCCCCUCACGCCCGCGGUGGCUCUGACGCCGCUCCUCCUCCCGCUGGCAACCGCUACGUCCCUCCCCAGCGCUCCUCUCAACCCCCCUCACGCACACAGACCCCUCAGUCUUCCGAAGAACCCAAGCCGCUUAGCAGCGGUGGCAGUGGAAAGUGGGUACCCCGGUUCCGGCAGCAGCAGAACCAGUAA